GGGACUUGCAGGAUGCUCUUGGAGAAUUAAUUCAAUCGCCCGCUUUACGUGAAUGGUUAAUGCUUGCUCUUCAUUUAUAAACAUUGGAAUUUAAUCUUCAGUUUAUUGUAUUGGACUUUUAAAAUUCUUUGCGGGUGAUGGGGUUUUCCCUUUCUGUUAAAUAUUUUCUAUUUUGGAAGAAUUGUCAUCUCCCUAUGAAAUGGAAGUGUGAACCUUCGGUUUCUCACUUUUUGGAUUUCAGUUCCCGUCAUAAAAUCUCACUUUAUUAAAAACGGCAACAUUGGAUUUAUUCAUUUCUCAAGAAGGAAUACUUUAUUUGUCUAUAUAUUUCAAGUUCUGUGAUACUUUUGUAGCUUUCUUGAUGUUUAUUGAAUCUCUUCUUUCGUGUCUAUAAUAUUUGUGCUUUUUUGUAUUUUAGUGUGUUGAACUGCAGAUUUUUUUUCAAAUAUAAGCAUUAAAAUUGUAAAUUAUGGCAUCUCCAUUGUUUGAAAAAGGAAAAAUUAUUGGAACAUUUAGUGUUCGUGUGUUUGGUCGUCGUACGAACAAUCUUCACAUUAAUCCUAAGUCUCGAUAUUUUCUCGAAAGUAAUAAAAACCAAGACCGUUCAGGUCGUGUGUUUUUACACCAUGGACCCGAAAUUAAUACAGCUCCAAGAAAUAGAACUAGAACAGUGCAAUCAUUUUAUAAUCAAUCGGCUAUAGACAUUGCCGCAGCCAAGCCAUCUGUACGACUGACACCUUCUACAAUUCUUUACUCUGGGAAAAGUCCUGAUGGUAGUCAUAUAUUAAGAAGUGCACAGUAUUUACAUAAAGAACUUCCUGUUCGCAUUGCUCAUCGAGUUGCAGGGUUUCGAAGUCUUCCUUUCAUUGUGGGUUGCAAUCCUACCAUACUAGCAGUGCAUGAAUUGUAUAUACGAGCAUUUUACAUGUUGAGUGAAUAUCCCCAGGUAACUGAUUUUGAGGUUGAAAAAGGCUAUUGUGAACUCUUGCAAGGCCUUUUGGAUGAUCAUAAAGAUGUUGUCACACAAUUAGCAGCUGGUUUCAGAGAAUGUCGCAAGCAUAUUAAGAAUGAGGAGUUGGUGCGCAACUUUCUAGAUAGGACUCUAACUUCUCGUCUUGGUCUUAGAAUGCUUGCAGAACAUCAUCUGGGACUUCAUAAUGAUAAUUCUAAUGGAAACGGAAAUUAUGUUGGAGUCAUUAAUGUUUCUAUGAAGUUGAAGGAUGUUAUAGAAAAAUGGGCUGACUUUGUUCGGCAAACAGCAAUUCACAAAUAUGGCAAAUCACCUGCCAUUAAAUUGAAUGGUCACAUUAAUGCUGUAUUUCCAUACAUACAAGCACCUCUUGAUUAUAUCAUUCCAGAACUUUUAAAGAAUGCUGUCAGGGCCACUGUUGAGAGUCACAUUGAUGCAUGCGAGGACAGUCUACCACCAGUUACCAUCACAAUAGCCAAUAAUGAUGUAGAUUUCAUUAUCAGAAUCUCUGAUAGAGGCUGUGGGAUACCUCAUCAACUUUUGCCACACAUUAUGGAGUAUCAUUUCACCACUGCUGGAUCAAGCACUGAUCAUCGAAUAGAUGGUGGUCUACUGGGUCAGAUGAUGAAUGAACCAAAUGAUGGACCAGCCUCUGGACCUAUGCAUGGCUUUGGAUUUGGCUUGCCGACAUCACGGGCAUAUGCUGAAUAUUUGGGAGGUUCUUUAACUUUGGAAACAAUGCAAGGAAUUGGUACAGAUGUUUAUUUAAGACUUCGUCAUAUUGAUGGAAAAUAUGAGAGCUUUCGUAUAUAAUUUUUAUGUAUGUGAUAUUGAAUUUGUAUUACAUGUGUUUUUGGUGUCAUAAUAAGAUCUGAGAUUUAAAAAAAACAGGUGCCUAUAUAUUUUGUUGCUACAUCUAUAAAUAAUAUAAUAAUGGGGAUACUUAUAGCAUUUAGUUUGAACUGACCUGAAUGAUGUGCAUUUUUUUGGAAUUAUUGCUUUGCAGUCUGUUUUUAACAGUGCUGUGGUAUCAAUGCAACAUCUAAGAAUCUUGUUUUUGUUUGUACAUUUUUUACUUUUUUAUUUGGUGUUAUUUUGCUGUAAAUUUAAUGCACAUUUGGUAUAUAUUUAUUUUAUGCUUAUAUCUCUACUUAUAUUUAUACCAUGAUUAACCAACCAUAUUUACUGUGGAUAAGAAGAGAUUAAUUUUUGUUUUGUGGCACAUAUUGAAAGUUGCUUGAAAUUUUUGUUGAUUAUAUUUUCAAUUGUAUUGUUUUGAGAUUUAUUUUUCCAAUGUAUAGAUUAUAUAGACUUGUUAGGUUUUUUGUAAAACAUUUUAAGUUCUGCAGUUUUACCUGACAUUUGUUAAAGGUUCCAAUUUAGAUUUAAAAGUGCAUUAAUAUAUUAUCUAAUUUCACCAAAUUUUUUGUUUUAACUCUAAUUACUAAUACUAGAAAUUUGUUAUACAAAUCAGACAGAUAUAAAGAGAAACAUUUCUUUUUACUUGAUAUGCAUUACACAGAAAUGCACGCACACAUUAAAAAAAAAAAAAAAUGCUGUCGAAACCCAAUGUAUUGAAUUUGAAAUUCUUGGAAAAAGUUGCUAUAUAGAAAUUUUAAUUUGCAGCAAUACACAGAGCAAAUUUUUCAGCAUUUUCUUACUGAAAGAAUUUAUGUGUGAUUAAUUUUUUACAGUUAAAAGAAGAUGAAAAAAUAUAUUAGAAAAGAAUGAUUUUAAAAAAUAUUGAUUCACAGCAAUUUUUCAGGUCUUGAUACUAUAUUUCUUAAAAUUUCAUUUUUUUGCUGAAACUUUAUUUUCCAUUCUAUUUCAACCUUUAAACAUUGAAUAUUUCUAUUUAGUUCCUUAUUUAAUAUAAAAAAUUCAAAGAGUAACAGUAAAAUAAUAAAGACAGAACGGAAAUGUUCCAAUGAUUUGUAAAAACAAGAAUUUAUUUUUAGAAUAGAAGAUAAAAAGGACAUAACUGUCAGACAAGUGUCUGUUGAUUUUCCUAUAAACAGUUUUGGGUUUUCCAAGAAUUUCUGUUGUAAGAAUCAGUAAAACUUUUUGUUCAUUUAAUUCUUUCUCGUGAAUAAAAUCAAUGAUUGCCUUUUGACUACAACAGAUUUACAUAAUUUAUGUUAAAAUUUUUGAUCAUUUUACAAAAAAUAUUUUUCUAUUGGUGAUGCAAUUUUCCUGAAAAAAAUUCAAUAUAUGGAGAUUUUCAGUAAAGAGUAAUUCGAUUCAUAAUUAUAGUUUUAUUUUAUUUUUGAAAUUAUAUUCUGAAUAAAAGCAAAAAAAUAUUCUUACCGUCAAAUAAUGUAUAUCUUCUAUAUCAGUGUUCCUUAUAUUAUUUAUAUAUAAAUAUUAUGACAGCUUUCAUAAUUGUAUCAACUUUUUGUUGUACAACUAAUUGAUUUGUUUUAAAUUAGUUGAUACUAAUUAAACUGUAUGUGUGUAAAGUGCUCGUUUUGUGUGAUUUGAUUUAUAGAUCUGGUAUUUUGCAGCUAUUUUAUCUGUAUAGAGGCAAAAUUUAAGGUAAAUAAGCGUUGUGACAAGCAACAAAAUGCAGCUAAUAUUAAUUUUUUAAGAAAUGAUCAAAUGUAAAAAAAAAAUAGUUUUAUUGAACAUAACUAUUUUUUCAGUUGUUUUAUUCUCCUGUUUUAUCAAAUAAUAAAAAUAUUACUUACAUAUUUUUAAUAUAUGAUAAAUCAGAUUAAAUAUUCUUUACAGUUUUAUAUUAGUUGUUUUUCUUCUUGUUAUAGAAAUAAUUGCUUUUUGAUGUAAUUAUGCUCUCUUUGUAUAUAUAAUUUAAUAAAUAGCUUAAUUUUGUACAAGUGUAACAAUAGAAUGAUAUUCGUUUUUUAAAUUUAAUUCAAGUGUAAUAAUCAAAUUUUUCAUGCCAUAUUUUUGA